GCCUGUGACAUCUCGGUCAUAAAGAUGGCGGACAAGAUGGUGCCCAUAGCAGAGCGAAGGCUCAUGGAUGUUAAGCUUGGUCAGCUGCCCAGCUGGCUAUCCACACGUGAUUUCACUCCAAAUGGAAUCAUCGCAUCCUUACGCAGAGGCCAUAGCUCCUAUUACAACAAGUACAUCAAUGUGAAGAAGGGAGGCAUUGGAGGAGUGGCUAUGCUCCUGGCUGGUUAUGUUAUUCUGAGUUAUGUCUCGGAAUAUGAUCACAUCAAGCAUGAUCGCUGGAGAAAGUAUCACUGAUCUGUGGAAAUCAUUCCUUCUUCUAUGCGUAAUGUUUCCUGUACAGUUUCAAGCCAGUCCUUGAUUAAUAAAUCGAAAACCG